CGCGGGCGUGCGAGCAAACGGCUUCAGGUUUUAAGACUUUAGAUUCAGCCUUGUUACAGGCCCACAAAAAAUUAGGGAGUUUUCUUCUCCCGUCCACCUUGCGUGCUCGCGCGCGAGCUCUCGUGGCGCAGCCACAACUAGGCGACCGCCGCCGCCCCUACGCCACGUGCUCGAGUCUAGCCUCGUCGAUUGCUUCCCCAGUUUAAUUGAUCUACAAGCUUCAGAACAUGUUCAAGAAUACAUUUCAGUCUGGGUUCCUGUCCAUUCUUUAUAGCCUCGGGACCAAGCCAUUGCAGAUAUGGGAUAAGGAAGUUGUGAAUGGGCACAUUAAACGACCCCAAGAUGAAGAUAUCCAAUCUAAUGUACUUGAAAUUGUUGGAACAAAUGUACAGUCAACUUACAUCACAUGCCCAGCUGAUCCUUCUGCUACUCUUGGGAUUAAGCUUCCAUUUCUGGCUAUUAUUGUGAAAAAUCUUAAGAAAUACUUCACGUUUGAGAUCCAAGUUCUGGAUGACAAGAAUGUCCGACGUCGAUUUCGAGCAUCAAAUUUUCAAUCUGUCACAAGGGUGAAGCCAUAUAUCUGCACGAUGCCGUUGAAACUCGACGAUGGCUGGAACAACAUCCAGUUGAACCUUGCUGAUCUGACAAAAAGGGCGUACGGCACAAAUUACGUCGAGACGCUGCGGGUGCAAGUUCAUGCGAACUGCCGGCUCCGCAGAAUCUACUUCUCUGACCGCCUCUACUCGGAGGAGGAGCUGCCGCCUGAGUUCAAGCUCUACCUUCCAAUCCAGAAAUCAUAGGAUCCCGAGGGCGUGGAGAGACUCUGGUGACCGGGAGACUUAUAUCGUACCAUUGUGAGGAUAACCUAGCUGCACAUCUGCGCCUUCCUGAGAUACAGAAAAAAAAUGUACCAGAAUGUUUCUGUUAGUUUUCUGAUUGUUGUGCGAUGAAUGAUUAGGCUGUUCUGUUUUCAUAGCAAGGGCGAGUAGCCUUAGUUGGGGCUGUUACCCAGUGACCCCUUUGUGUGAACGAGUAGUCAAUGUUAUUAGUCCGGACCCUUUGGCUACUGGUCCUUCUGGUCCAAAGCAAAACGUACCGUUACUGCUCACUGCCUGGUCAUUUAACGUGCUUCUUCCAUGGUUGUACCGUCUCUAUGAUAGUAUCAUGUGGCCGCUGAUCUAUUGGAUACAUGUUACGCGUGACUCGCAUUAAAAGCUUCACUUCUCUUU